AUGGACAUACUGGGACCACUCCCAAAAGCUCUAAGAGCAGCCAAAUACUUACUCGUCAUCAUCGACUACUUCACCAAGUGGAUCGAGACAAGGCCACUACCAGAAAUCACGACCAACAAGGUUGAGACGUUCACCUGGAAGCACCUCAUAUGUAGGUACGACCUCCCUUACACCAUUUUCACCAACAAUGGCACCCAAUUCAAUACCCAGGCUUGUGAAAACAUCCUGACAAAGUUAGGCAUCAAGCACUUCAUCACCUCUGUCGAACAUCCUCAGACUAACGGUCAAGCAGAGGCAACCAACAAAGUUAUCCUCAGUGCACUUGACUCGAAAAGUCCAAGGGUCUAUGGAAGGAGAAGCUCCCCAAUAUACUAUGGGCUUAUCAUUGUUCAUCCCAGACAACGACCAAUGAAACUCCUUACCGACUCAUAUAUGGCACAUAUUUCAUGA